AGGGCCGAGAAGACGGGUGUGUGUACCUUUAAGAGAAAGGGAAAGCAGGAAGUCGCUCUGGGGCAGCCAGAGGAGCUGCAAACUGACUGGGUCGCCUGCGUGGAGCUUGAAUGGGGUCUCGCUGACCAAGCCAGUUGAGCUGUGAUCUCUCGAGAGAACCGACUGUCCGAUUUCAGGUGGUUUCCUAUCCCAGCUCAGACUUCCUUCAACUACUUGCAUUCAGAGUCUCUCCUGGAAAAGGGAUCUGAAGACUUGGAUUUCCCAACAUCAUUUUGCAUAAGUGGGAGGAGAAAUUGCUCAGCUGAUGAAACACCUGACCCAGCUUGUUUCUUGCCUGCUGGUGACAUUUGCUGCCUGCUUCCAUCUACCUUGCAGCACGUAAGCAGACCACUGCCUUUCUGGCCAUGCAAAGCACGCUGAACUACCUCUGGAAAACGGAUGAUGUGCUGGGUCAAGGUGCCACAGCCAGUGUGUACAAAGCCCGUAACAAGAAAUCAGGAGAACUGGUUGCUGUGAAAGUCUUCAACAAUGCCAGUUACAUGAGACCUCAGGAGGUGCAGAUAAGGGAGUUUGAGGUGCUGAGGAAGUUAAACCACCAGAACAUUGUCAAGCUUUUUGCUGUGGAAGAGAUUGAAAGCUGCAAACAGAAGGUGUUGGUGAUGGAGUACUGUUCAGGUGGGAGCCUGCUGAGCCUCUUAGAAGACCCAGAAAAUGCCUUUGGCUUGUCAGAAUCAGAGUUCCUCAUAGUGUUGCACUGUGUAGUGGCUGGCAUGAACCAUCUCCGUCAGAAUGGGGUUGUCCACAGAGAUAUCAAACCCGGAAACAUCAUGAGGCUGGUUGGAGACGAUAACCAAAAUAUCUACAAACUGACUGAUUUUGGGGCUGCCCGAGAACUAGACGAUGAUGAAAAGUUUGAAUCAGUUUAUGGGACAGAAGAAUAUCUUCACCCAGACAUGUAUAAGCGAGCAGUGCUGAAGAAGCCCCAACAGAAGGCUUAUGGGGUGACCGUAGAUCUUUGGAGUAUUGGGGUGACAUUUUACCAUGCAGCCACAGGCAGCCUCCCAUUUAUCCCAUUUGGGGGACCACGCAGAAACAAGGAAAUCAUGUACAAAAUAACUACUGAGAAACCUACUGGAGCUAUAGCAGGAACCCAAGAGCAAGAGAGUGGAGCCAUCAUGUGGACCUAUGAGCUUCCAAUCACAUGUCGGCUUUCUGUUGGGCUGAAGAAGCAGCUCGUCCCCAUCCUUGCAAGCAUCCUAGAGGCUAAUCAAGAGGAGUGCUGGGGCUUUGAUCAGUUUUUUGCUGAAACCAAUGACAUCUUGCAUAGAAAGAUAAUCCACGUCUUUUCUUUGUCGCAAGCUACCAUGCACAAGAUCUACAUCCACUCCUACAACACAGCCCCCAUAUUUUUAGAAGAUGUCUUCAGGCAAACAAAUAUACCUCCCCAUCACCAGGAGUAUUUCUUUGAGGGUUACUCUUUUGAUCUGGAGCCUAACCUGCAAGCGCAUCGUUUCCCCAAAACCACUGAAACCUGCCCUCUUAUCAUGCUGAGCACAGAACUUCAGGAUCCAGUAAUGCUGAGAUACAGAGAUCCUGCUUUGGAGUUCCCAAAAUUCCCCCCAAAAGUUGAUGUCGUUGCAGAUUGCAGCACAGCAAAGGGUGUCCUGACUGCAACUCACCUGACGUUGAGGAUAUCUCAGUCCUUUCUGCAGUGUCAAGAGCUCAUGCUCAGAGGCCUAUAUUGGGUGAGUGAGACCCUGAAAUUGGAGUGUCUGCGGAUUCUAGAGAAGAAGCAAGGUGUGAUGGCAACACUCAGUUGCUUGCAACGAGAAGAGAUGAAGGUUCUGCUGCUGUACGAGACUAUUGCUGGGGUUGGCGAGAUUCCACAGAUUAAAGGCCUGGCAGAACUGAAAACAAGACUUCAAGCUGUUGAAGAAAUUUCUAAAUGUUUCCAAAGCAUCUCUGAUCACCAGUCGGUUGUGCAAUGCAUCCUGUCUGAUGUGGGAAAGAAAAGGAGUCAAAUAAAAGAAGUCAGAAGCAUCCAGCAGAUGGAGGCUUGCCUUGACAAGAUGCAGCUUAUCUACAACCAGUUCAAGAAGACCCGGAAAUGCAGGGGCCUGGGCUACAAUGAACAGCAGAUCCACAAGCUGGAUAAGGUGAAUUUAGGACAUUUGGCAAAAAAGGUUCUUUCAGUUUUCCAGGACAACUGUUUGCAGCAAUACAAAGCUGCUCUUUUGGCACAUGGAAUUAUAAUGAGGAAGGUGUUUGACCUGAAGAAGAGUUUGAAGAAGCUGAACAGAUCUUUAACCUCCUGUAGUGCAGAGAUGUCUGGGUGCCAGGAUUGCCUUGAUAAAGCUUUGGAUGAGUUGCCUCAGAGAAUCCUCCAAGGCAAAACAACACAUUCUGCACCUACAAAAGUUUACAUGAACCAGAAGCACCAAGACAUGGUGUUUGGGAUGCAAGAGCUUCAGGACCAGAUGAAAAUAGUAGCUCACAAUCUCCAGCUCAACAAUAGCAUCAUCCAACGGUUAAAUGGUGUUGCACCAGGACUGUAGGGAUGAGAGUAGGCUGCAGAGCCUGAAAUUAUAAUGCGGGUAAAUCCACAUCGUUGAAGACUUAUUGGGGAGAAAACUUCAUUGUUGAGUCUUAAAGAUGCCUAUGCAUUCUACCUCCCUGCUGUAGCACUUUGAUGUGGAUUUAACAGAGUGGUCCUUCUAACCAGCAUACCUCAAUAGAGAACCAAAUGUGUUUGAUGUGUUUGUUAUGUUUUGAGAGAGAGAAAUAUUGUUUCCCACCCACCCAAUUUUUUUUGUUUGCUUACUCCUGUCAAUCUUCAGCAAUGGAACUGGAGGUUCUUUUCCUUGGUUCAGUGAGGUCUGGCAUUUUGAAGCUUUUCAUGCACUUUUAACAGGCACUAGAGCCUCACUGAACCAAACCUGGCUAGCCGGUUGCCUUGAAAUGUUCGUUGUUAAGUACUAGAAAUACUUAUCUCGGAAGCAAAGAAACUAUACCUCACCGUACUGUUCCUUGGUUGACCUUUGUUCAUUGAUGAGCCCUUUCUG